AUGACUUCUUCUAUCAAAUUAAUGUUAUUGUUAUUCUGCAGUUUAUACGUUUCUGAAGGUAAGUUAUCGGGUGAAAAAAAAAACAGUUUUUGAAAUCGAAGAUUUUUAUAGCUUUUUGUUGAUAAUAAAAUAGUUUUGUUGUGAAAUGAAGUCAGAAAGAAGUGAUCUCAUUUUCUAGGAAAGUGAAAUAUUUUACCACCUUGUUUAGAAAAACUAUACUGAAAAAGGGAGUGGCGUUUUGAAAGAUACUCGGAUUUUGAAAAACUGAAGCAUUAAAGAUGCGUUCCUAUCGAUAUGAAAGAAUAUUCCUCUUUAAUUUUCAGCAAAAAAUGAUCCAAUGAAGCCAAAAGAUUUCGAUGAAUUUCGAUUAGACAAAAAAGGUUUUGAUAAAGUUCGAACAAUCCAUACAAAUUGGUAUGUUCAUUCAAUGAAAGCUUUAAUAUCUCAAUUAUCUCGCAAUUUGUUGCCCAAAUUAUCUCCGAGUAAGUCUUAAAACUUCCCUGAUUUAUUGAUUCUAUUCGAAAUUUUAGAAAUAAAAUACGAGUUUCAAAAAUGCCUUUAUAAAAUCCACGACAUGAAAGAUUUGGUUGAAUCCGCAAAAUGUUUAAUGGAAGCAAGAGAAAAGUAUGACGAAUGGCGGAAAACGGCAAGGUUUGUUGUUAUUUUAUCUUCUCAUUUUUGAGUGAGAAAUUUGUAAGCCACAUGGUGUAGGCGGGAGAAUGUUAUCUCUUCAAGUUCAAGGUGAAGGGUUCAAUUCCCUUUGAGUUUGCAAUGAAAUUAUUGGAUAAGUUUCGGCUGUAAUCAAAUUGAUGACAACCUUAUAAAUGCUGAGCAUUCUUUUUUUUUUCAGAAUUGUUCCAAAACCAAAGAAAUAUGACAACAAAAUUCGAAAGAUCAAUUCAAUUUAUAUGCGAAAAAAUGGAAUAAAAAUUAAUCCAAUUAAACUUCGAGGAAAAUCAUAUCUUGAAUUCAAAAAUAAAUGGAGAAAACCUCUGAAAAUUCAAAAGAAUCGAGUGAAAAGAAGUUUGAGAAGAUUAGUUGUGGAUACGGUAUCAAAAAGUGACUCAAAUGGAUAUGUUGUCAAAAAUAUGGAAAAGAUGCCUGAUUUGAAAUCGACUGAUUCAAAGUCAACUGUUAAAAAAGUAACUGAUUUACUGAAAUCGUUUGUUGUACCAAUUCCAGCAAAUAAAACGUGAGUUUGUGAUGUUAUUGAAAAACUAAUUUUGAUUAAAAUAUUUCAGUGAAGAACCAUGGUCUGAAACGUACAAUGCCAUUUUGGCUUUGAAAAAGAAAAUGAGUCAAAGAGAAAAAGAACCAGGUGCAAGAGUGUAUAAUCAGAGAAUGUAUGAUUUGGUGUUGGAUCGGAAGCCAAUUAAAUCUUCAAAAAUAUUCAAUGUGUUUAAUAAGGUUAGGUUGUUCAAAUAUAUUGUACAAAAUAAUAUAAUUUUGUGUUUCAGCCUGGAAUGCCUGAAAUGCCUGGAAUAUUCAAGCAAGCAUUCGAUUUGAUGUCAGCUAUUGAAGGAUCUGGAAAGAAAUCAUCUUCGAAUUCAAACUACAAAUUUUUGAGGUAAGAGAAACAAUAAAGAAGCAAUAAAAAUAGGUUCAUUAACCUCGUUUUGAACGGAAUUUCAUAAAAUAUCCUGUUCAUAUUUAGCAACUUUUAUCUCUUAUCAUAACGUGGAGAACAACCAUGACAUUGAUCUCAUGAAUGUUUCAUCUUCAUUUUAUUCUAUAAUGAUAACAUAAUUGAACGUGUGAAAAAUUUCUCUUUUUCAAUAUAGCCCCCGAUUUGCUUCAAUUAUGCCGGACAAAAAUGAAAAUCACGGAAAAUUGUCGCCAUCCAUUUUAUCUUUUUACAAUGACGAGUCGGAAGAUCAGAUUUUACCGCUUCCGAAAAUGUUGGAAAGUACUGGUUUGAAAGGGAAAGAUAGAGAUAAUGUUAUUGAAAUGGUUAUGGAAUUAUCUGGUGCAAAAACAAUUGUGCAGGAAGCAAUUAAAAUAUUAAAAGCAGUUGAUCUACCUGAAUUAGAUUUGGCUGUUUCUUCAAAUGCGAAAAAAUCGAUUGAAAUGGUUCAUGAAAUCAAACAAUCAUUUAAUCAAAAACAAAAAAAUUAUAUGGAUACAAAAGGAUUCGCAAUUAUGGAACCGAAACAAAUUGAAAAAUUAAUGGCUGAACAAGGAUUAGCUGGAAGAGAUGAUAUAUUUAAUGUUAAAGAUUAUGCAAAAAAGACAAUGUUUGAAAGAAAAGAAAUGGUUUGGGAUAUGGUUAGACAAAUUGCAUAUGGACCAGCUUCUACGGUUAGUUGAAGUUUUGAUGAUCAAAUUUUGAUAAUCUUCUUGGAAAAAUAAUAUUCCAAGUUGAUAUGCUGAAGUUUUUGAUAACAUUUCUAAUUUCAAUUUUUGCAGCAAGUUGCUUCAAAUUCAACUGGUCGUUUUAAACGUCAAGCAAUUAAUUGGGGACCCCAUGUUUUACAACCAACCGUUCUUUCUCCAAUUUUAUUCGCUCCAAUCUAUGGUUUAAAUGUUCUUGCUCCAACAGUUUUAUCUCCUGGUCUUUUUACACCACUUAUUCUAAAUCCAGCAGUUCUAUCCCCUUAUGUUUUCUCACCAACAGUUGGAAUUCCUUUUAUUCUUUCGCCCUAUGUUUUAUCACCAUAUGUGUUUUCUCCUUUAGUUAUGGCGCCUUUCAUUCUAACUCCUUAUGUUUUAUCUCCGAAUGUUUUCAACCCAUAUGUUUUAUCUCCUCUUAUUUUAUCACCUUUAGUUAUUUGUCCUGAUGUUGUGUCUCCAAUGACUCUUGGUGGAGCAAUACUUUCACCCGGUGUUUUAUCUCCAUCAGUUCUUAGUAAAUCUUAUAUUAUGGCUAAUGUUUUAUCCCCAACUUUCCUUUCAUAA